ACGUCGCUCCAGUUUAACGCUCUCUCUCUCUCUCUCUGUCAUUCCAUCAGAGGUUCUUCAUCCCUCCAUCCACCUGUCCUCUCCGUGGGAAUAAUACCUUAUUAUUAUAUUAUUAUCAUCUUUACUAGAAACAAACCAACAUGGCGAGCAGUUUCUCCAGAGUCAUGUCGACUAAACGGAGGAUCGGGAUCCUGUCGUUGUUGGGGGGUUCAGUAACGGCUGGUCUGCUGCUGCACCGGGACCAGGUGACCGCCGGGCUGCCGGUCCGCCGGAACUACCCGGCCAGUGCGGAGUACCCUGACCUGCGCAAACACAACAACUGCAUGGCCACUAACCUGACGCCUGCCAUCUAUGCCAAGCUGUGUGAUAAGGCCACUCCCAACGGGUACACGGUGGACCUGGCCAUUCAGACGGGCGUGGACAACCCCGGGCACCCCUUCAUCAAGACUGUUGGCAUGGUGGCAGGAGACGAGGAGUCCUACGAGGUAUUUGCAGACCUGCUGGACCCUAUCAUCAAAGAGAGGCACAACGGCUACGACCCCAACAACAUGAAGCACCCCACCGACCUGGAUGCCAGCAAGAUCCACUCAGGCAACUUUGACCCCCGUUACGUGCUGUCGUCCAGGGUGAGAACGGGCCGCAGCAUCCGAGGGCUGAGCCUGCCCCCCGCCUGCACCCGCGCAGAGCGCAGGGAAGUGGAGAGGGUGGUGGUGGACGCCCUCGCCGGCCUGAAGGAAGACCUGGCCGGGAGGUACUACAGUCUCACCCAGAUGACUGACAAGGAGCAGCAGCAGCUCAUUGAUGACCACUUCCUGUUUGACAAGCCCGUGUCCCCCCUCCUGACGUGCGCAGGCAUGGCUCGUGAUUGGCCAGACGCCCGUGGUAUCUGGCACAACAACGAGAAGACCUUCCUGGUUUGGAUAAAUGAGGAGGAUCACACCAGGGUCAUCUCCAUGGAGAAGGGAGGGAACAUGAAGAGAGUCUUUGAGAGGUUCUGCAAAGGCCUCAAGGAGGUGGAGCGUCUGAUCCAGGAGAGAGGCUGGGAGUUCAUGUGGAACGAGAGGCUCGGUUACAUCCUCACCUGUCCCUCCAACCUGGGCACGGGGCUCAGGGCCGGGGUCCACGUCAAACUGCCCCUGCUGAGCAAGGAUCCCCGUCUCAGUAAGAUCCUGGACAACCUGCGUCUGCAGAAGAGAGGGACCGGCGGCGUGGACACGGCUGCUGUGGGCGGUGUGUUCGACAUCUCCAACCUGGACCGCCUGGGACUGUCUGAGGUCCAGCUGGUGCAGACAGUGGUUGAUGGCGUCAACUACCUGAUCGAGUGUGAGAAGAGACUGGAGAAAGGCCAGGACAUCAAGGUGCCCCCACCACUUAAACAAUUCAAGUAGACACUAAUCCCUGACCCCCCCCCACCCCACAAACCUCUGGGCACACACACACAUGCACAAACACCCCCGCUCUAUACCCAUAGAUAUUAUAAAUAUCUAUCUAAUAUCAUAGAUAUUAUAAAUAUCUAUGUCAUUGCCUCAUUUGUUUCCACGACUUAUUUAAUCCCCCCCCUCCCUGCCCCACAGUAUACCUCCCUUUAAUAUAAUCUACACAUAUUAUACGCAGCUGUCUGGCUAAACCAAACCAGAGUCCCAGAAUACUGCUUUGGACUUUAGCGUGUUUCAGAUGUAUUUGAAGAGUUUUUUAAUCUUUAAACUCAAAUUCAAACCUCGCUCUAAAAUGGCAGCAAACAUUAAGGAAAAGAUGCACAAACUGUAGGCUGCUGCAAUGGAGCAAAGAUGGCAGCCAGUUUGCCCGUCUACAUGGCCAAACAGUAUCUAUGGCUCUGCACCCAAAGCACUCCUCAGCCCACCAAACCUGGCUGUACCUCGCCUCGGCCCCUUCCUGCCGCAUGUCCUAUACUCAGCCUGUCUCUUCCCCUCAUUCCUGUGUGUUGAUUGGUCAUCCCUGUCAUCAGGUGCUUGUUUAGUCCAUCCAUUUGUAAGCCUUAUUUCCCAUCGUGGAUUGUGUGUACAAAGUUUCUUUUCACCAUUUUGAGUGGAUCUGAAUGUAGAUUAACAGGGUAAAACUGAACAGACACUUGUGUUCUUCAGAGGAUUUGUCUGGUGACACACAAGUGUCAUAAUGUAAUGUUAGUAUAACACACACUGGCCGGGCUGGGUUCUGUACUGUAAGCUACUGAAGCAAUAUCAUUCCAGCUCAUCUUGAAUGUCACACUGUAAUAUCUUUUAUUAAAGAAAUCAUCUAUUUAACAGUA